AUGGAGGAUUCGGGGUUUGGACCUCCGCAUCCAUUUAGAAAGUUUAUGGGAUAUUGCAAUGAUUAUGAUCGGGAUAUGAGAAAGUGUUUGAAAGCAGAGCGCCUUCAAAGACAGAAAGCCAACCUCGAAGACUCUCGCCGUAGACACGCAGAAAUCCGAGCCAGAAUAUUAGCACAAGAGAGAGCUAAACAUCAGCAUUAACUUAACCAUACAGCAUUUUGACAGCAUUUAUUAAACAUGACUACAAUGGAGCCUAACAUACUAGAUUCAAUACCAGACCUAAACAAUCUUAAGUCAUUUACAGAGAGAUAUUUUAGCAAAAGAUACAUUAUAAAUGUUGAUGGAGUAAAGAAUAAUGAUAUCAUGAUUAUGUUCCAUUCAAACAGGAUUGCCCUCUUGUGCCUGGCGCCAAGUCAUUUCUUUUUUAGUAAGAGCAAAGAGUACAAAGUUAAUUAUACAGUAGGUAAUGUAAACAGGUUGAAGAAUGCUGUUAAGGGUAAGGGCAAGAAAGGAGGUCAGGCUCUGAACCCUAAAUCAGUUGUAUGCAAGAUAGAAUAUGAAGACGGCACAAGUUUUGAUGUUCCAUGUGGCAUGAAAGGUACUUUAGUAGAAGUAAAUGAAGAGUUAGUGAACCACCCUGAACUCUUGAAGGAGUUUCCCGAUGCUGAUGGUUAUAUUGCUAUAAUAUUAUCUAGCAUUGCUAUUUCUGAAGCUACUAAAAAUGAAUUAUUGACACCGGAAGAGUAUUUAGAUUUAUUAAAUAACGGUGUAAAUGGUAAAGAAGAUAAGAAAUUAGAAUAGAUUUUGUUUGUUUUAAAAUGUUGUUUUAUUUAUUUCAUUUUUGACUAUGCUAACAUCCAAACAUGACAGACACCUUAGCACACAGCCAGCAACUCCAAACCGCCACUUAGUACCUAUGACCUAUGUCCCUUACACACUUUUUUAGCUUCUAUCACAUUCACAAUCACGCAUGCGAGUGUCUGUCUAUGUACAAAGAGGUCGAUUUAAUAUCUCCUUUAUCAGCAUUACUAGGUACUCGCAUCUCUUAACAGAAACUUUCGUAAUCAUUUCAUUUUAUCAACAAAAGCCAUAUAAUUUUGAAGAAUGAAAUGGUGUUGAAUAUUGAAGUUCUAGAAUUGUUUUUUAUAAUGAGAGUACCCAAACAAUGUUAACGACCUUCUUAAUUAUUAAAUAUUGAAUCGUAAUGGAGCAAGAUCUAAUUAUCAUUAGCUCACUAUUUGUUUUCGAUAGCGUAAAAUGUUUCCAAUAAACACUCCCACCACUAACGAACUAGCGUUAAUACUUAUCAGGAGUUACCGAUUGACCGCUGACCUUUUCUCAUAACGACUAUAGAUAUUGUUUGGCCGUCCGAUGGUGUAAUCAUAUUAUUGUAAGAGUUUGGACAGUGAAAAUGUGUUCGAUAGCACGUACCCGAAUUCUGCUUGCUCCAAAAGUAAUUGCUCCCAAGCAAAUAAUUCCAGGAGCAGUUUCCUUGCGGUGGUUUAGUAACGAACCUAAGGCGACAAAGACACCGUUAUUCAAUUUGCAUACGAAAUAUGGAGGAAGAGUGGUUGAUUUCGCCGGAUUCCUCCUCCCAGUGCAAUAUUCGGAUUUAAGUUUAUCCGAGUCCCACUUGUUUACAAGAAAAAGUGCCUCAAUUUUUGAUGUGUCUCACAUGCUGCAGACCAACGUUCGUGGCAAGGAUUGCAUAUCUUGGUUCGAGUCUAUUUGUCCAGUCGAUCUAAAGGGCAUGAAAGAUGGCUCCAGUUCUCUCACCGUGUUUUUGAACGACAAAGGUGGAAUUAUAGACGACUUGAUUGUUACAAAAGUGAAUGCAGAAACUUUGUAUGUUGUCUCCAACGCUGGGCGAAUGAAGGAGGACAAGAAGCAUAUGAGAGAAACAUCCGAGUUAUUCAGGAAGAAAGGUAAUGACGUGAAUGUAGAAUUCUGGGAGACUAGCCAGAGAGCUUUGAUUGCAUUGCAAGGUCCUAAAGCAGUGGCAGUGCUGCAGACCCUUACGGAUAUUAAGCUGGAAGACUUAACGUUUAUGACAUCUAGAAUGGGCAAAGUAGCCGGAGUAGAGUGUCGUGUAACCCGCUGUGGGUAUACAGGGGAAGACGGUGUGGAAAUAUCAAUACCCGCUGCCGAUGCAGAACACGUCACAGAAGCAUUAUUACAAUCCAGCGAUGUGAAACUUGCGGGCCUCGGAGCGAGGGACUCGUUGCGUCUUGAAGCUGGACUAUGCCUUUACGGCAACGACAUCGAUGAAAGUGUUACACCCGUCGAAGCAAAUUUAACGUGGCUUAUCGCCAAACGCAGACGCACCGAUGACAACUUCCCAGGAUCGUCAAUCAUACUGCGUCAGAUAAAGGAAGGCGUAGCUAAAAGACGUGUGGGAAUCAGGAUGGAAACUGGUCCACCAGCAAGGAAAAACGCGGUGUUGAAAGAUGCUAAAACUUCAGAAACCGUUGGUACUGUAACUAGUGGCUGUCCUGCCCCAUCACUUGGAGUUAACGUUGCGAUGGGCUACGUCAGCGAGUCUCUGAAGAAGGCAGGCACGGAGCUCUUAGUAAACAUUAGAGGGAAAGACAUUCCCUGCGUCGUCGCUAAAAUGCCUUUUAUCCCUUCAAAGUACUACAUAAAAAAAUAAAGAAUUAAUUUUAUGAAA